UGUUUAGGAUUGUUGUGAUGGGAGGCCGCAGCCAUCUUGGAUCAGCGCCGCUCCACACCGAGCAGCAGGGGAGGACGGGCGACGUUAACGGCAGAGCCAGUUAGCUAACGUUAGCUCGGACAGAUUAACCACAAUCUGUGUCGCUGCGAAUAUGCUAAAUACACGGUGUUUUUCUUCUUAGUAGUCACUCUGAAUGCGUAGAAAUGGGUACAAAGUGUGAGAAGGGGUUAACGUUAUAAAUCCGGAGAGGGCGGCGACGGUGCAGAUCCUCGGUAUAUUUUUUAAAAUUUCUGAAUAGAGGAGUUACUAUGAAUGGAGGAUAAAUGUUGCCAAAGGCUGACAGCAGCAGUUUCGUCCUCUUCUCUCUUCUCUUCGUCCUCACCCUAACGGACCCACCACGGACAGGUCCACGGGUAGCUCUGGCAAGAUUAUUGUCAGAGCAGCGCUGCAGCCCCGGGCAGUUCGCCUGCCGCAGUGGGAAGAUGCAGUGUAUCCCGAUGUCCUGGCAGUGUGACGGCUGGACAGCGUGCGAGGACAAGAGCGAUGAGAUGGAUUGUCCACCUAUAAAGGAGGAGAGGUUCAGUUUUGGUAACGGAUAUGAACAGGUAGAAGAUGUCAUCGGUGUGGCUCAGCCUGUGCGCUUCAGGAUGAAAUGCCCGAGCGGAUGGCACCACUAUGAGAAGACGGCCAGCUGCUACAAAGUAUACCUGAGGAACGAGAACUACUGGCAGGCUGUGGAAACUUGUCAGAAAGUCAACGGUUCUCUGGCUACUUUUGGUACCAAUGAAGAGCUGCAGUUUAUACUGAAGAUCGAAGUGGACUUCGAUGACAAAGUCUGUGAGCGCAGAGACCAGUGCAAGUUUUGGGUGGGGUACCAGUAUGUGAUCACCAAUCAGAACCACUCCCUGGAGGGCCGCUGGGAGGUGGCAUACAAAGGGUCCAUGCAGGUGUUUCUGCCACCCGAGGGUCUGACCAAUUUUGGCGAGGCAUCUCCCACUCAGGACAACGUCUUCUGUGCCCAGCUGCAGCGCUUUCAGAUUAAAAGCAUGAAUGAACGAGGCCUGCACAGCUGGCAUGCUGAGAACUGUUAUAAGAAGUUUCCCUUUCUCUGCAAGAGGAGACAAACUUGUGUGGAUAUAAAAGACAACAUUGUAAACGAGGGCUACUACUUCACCCCUAAAGGGGACGACCCGUGUCUGAGCUGCACAUGUCACGACGGAGAGCCUGAGAUGUGUGUGGCAGCACUGUGUGAGCGUCCGCAGGGCUGCCAGCACUUCCGCAAGGAUCCCAAAGAGUGCUGCAAGUUCACCUGCCUGGACCCAGAUGGAAACAGUCUGUUUGACUCAAUGGCCAGCGGGAUGAGGUUGAUUGUCAGCUGCAUCUCGUCCUUCCUCAUCCUCUCCCUGCUGCUCUUCAUGGUGCACAGACUCCGACAGCGGAGACGUGAACGCAUUGAAACUCUCAUCGGGGGAAACUUGCACCACUUUAACCUUGGAAGACGAGUCCCAGGUUUCGACUAUGGCCCAGAUGCCUUUGGCACUGGCCUCACCCCCCUGCACCUCUCUGAUGAUGGAGAAGGAGGUGCUUUCCAUUUCCAGGAGCCUCCCCCACCGUAUGCUGCCUAUAAAUACCCCGACAUCCAGCACCCUGAUGACCCACCUCCCCCAUAUGAAGCCUCCAUCAACCCAGACAGCCUCCUCUACGUGGACCUGGGACACAGUGGGGUUGCCAUGGUGCCAAGCCAGAUGAACACCAUGGUAGAUGGGCUGCAUGCCGAUAUUCCCGAUGCCUCUGGCCCUGUGUCAAACUCUGCACCGUUGUCUCAGGAGAGGGAGGACUCCAUAGAUAGCAGCACCCUCCUGGUGGGGCCCGACACACCGACAGACGGCCACGCCCCCUCCUCUAUGCCCACAGACUCGUCCCUCAGCACUGUGGUAUAGGAUGCCGUUGUGCUGCAUCAGGACAUCACGUGCUGGUCAAGGGAGGCCAGAUAUGCACUCUGCAGCAGGAGAGGAUGCAGCAGACUGUUGUGUAGUUAAAAUUUGUACAGACAUAUCGGAGUUAGCUUUUUUGAAGACUUGCAACAGAGGUGGAGACUUUGUGGAGACUCUCCUGCAGCUGGCCUUCUAGGUUUUUGUUGUUAAAGCUUCUGAGGGAGCAGAGAAGACUGUUUCUGUACAGAGAAAGGAGGCUGCACUCUUACUUUUAACUUAGCAAAGCUUUUGAAACAUCUCAGAGGUGGUGUGAUUGGUCGAGAAGCCCUGAUGUAAAUACCCCUCAGGUCUGUGCCGCUAAAAUUUCUUAUACUUUUGUGUCAGCGUCCAAUGAAGAAUGAUGGAUGAACGGUGAAGCCAGCCACUGUUCCCUGUGUUUUUACGUUAGCAUCAUAUUACUGUUCAAAUGGAUCUUGAUUAUCUCCAGAACUCACGUUUUUUUUUCUCCACUGCAAGUCCCAGAUCAUGGUUUCUAUUUACUGUUCCCUCAAUCUGAGUCUGAGACAUGAAGCGGUCUUCCAGGUUUAUAGCGCCUUUUUCAGAAAAAGACGUUUUGUAUUAAGAGAAGGUACAGUUAAUGUGCUGUUUUAGGGUUUUUACAAGGAAAUGCUAACGCAAGGCAUUGUGUAUCAAGAAUUGUGGUGGUACUUAUAAAUAUGAGUCUGGUAUUGUGUUCUUUAUGAUUCUAAUUUAUGACUGCAGGCUGUACUCUUGAUAGUUUUAUUGUCCACUGAUCAGAAGAGAGAGUGAUGAAGUGCAUGCGUGAAGAUUAGGGAUGACAUCCCGCUAAUUAAUUUGCAAAAAUCAAUUUAUUUAACAAAACUGUUACAAUCAUGAUGUUGUUUAAUCAUGCAGACAGUCCCGUUGUUGUUGCUUUAUCAUUAACUUUGCAGGAUAGUUGUGUAUUUGCUAACUGAACCAUGUUUAGUGACUCAAAACUCAAUGUUUUGCACGUUCAUCUCUUGAUUAAAUCAGGGUUUCCUUUUAUUUUUUGUUUUAAUUUUUGGAGCUAAAUCUGUCAGGUGUUCUGUUUGAAUGCUGCCCCUCCAUCCCUGAUGUGUGUUUCUAUGGGACUGUUUUUUCAGCUACUGACGAGGAUAAUGUCACUGACUGUAGCUGUGCGUCUUCUUCUGUUUGGUGUUGUUGAUGGGUCUGUUACUGUCCUGUUUCUCAGUGGGAUCGCAGUUUAAAAAAAAAAAAGUUGUAAUAAACAAACUUUAAAUGUGUUUAGACCCCUGUUCUGAUGACAAUCGAUUGAUUCACUCAAAGCUGAGUUUUUUAAAUCCUGAAGAAGUUUUUAUGAUCACAGUUGACCCACAACCACCAGCAUUAAAUAGCUUUUGAUCUAAAGAGAACCAGCUGAAAAUGUGUUCGUAUGACUAAUGUUUGAAUGUACUGCUGGAGAAACUUUAUGUGCUGAAGCUUAUUUUCCCAUUUAUUUUAUUUUGGCUUUGACAAUCCACAGAGGAUUAUCCAACCAACAAAAUCUCUUUGUGGGAUAAAAACAUUUGCAUGUGUGUAUAAGAAGGAAAUGGUCUAGAUUUAAAUUUUCUUUCCCCAUUGACUUUGUUUGGUUUGAUUUUUUUACCUGCUUUUCUGACCUGAGGUGCAUGUUUUUUUAUUGUUUGGCAUGCUGAGAGAUUUUUCAUUUAAAAGGCAACAUUUUUGCUCAACAAUCUGUCCUGUACAGUAGGUUUAAAGACCCAAACAGCUGCAUUGACACUGUAGUUUCUGUGCUAGACUAUGGUGGUGUUACGACUAAUUUUACUGGAUUUAAAAUGUUUUAUGUAUAGUAAUACAAAUGCUACAUUUCAUUGUCUAUUAUUUCAUAGCCUUUAAAUUUAAAUAAUACUUCAUUUGCAGAGGGGUGGGGGGCUUUUGUUUUUCUGAGGUAGAUGUACAUCUAAUCAAAUGCCAAAUAAACUGCACCAUGAAGGACGACUCAUGCGUCAGUGGGUAUGAACACAGCUUCAAUCACGACAUUUACCUGCUUUCUGACUCGUGUGACUCGUUGAGGAAAUACCCCCGCCUGCAGUGACCAAAUGUCAGAGGAUUAAGGUGGGAUGCAGGGGAAUCUCCCCUCCCCGAGUCAAAAGAUUCUGAUAAUUUAAAGAAAGCGGAUAUUGCACCUCAGAGUGACUCAUAAGGCAGCAGUCAGAGCAGAUAGUGAUACCCUGCUGGAGAGCAUUGUGGCUGAAGAAAAGCUGCUUUGUUCACACGGGCCGAGUAGUGACAGAACCACAUGAUCUUUUCCUAGAUGAGGGAGACGCAACACUUGACGCUGAGAAGCUCAGCUAGGAUGGAUGUGCUUUUUUAUUUUAAAGCUCCAGUGAAGAGUUUUUAUUUGGUUGUGGAACGGACUGAAAUCUACAACUGAUGAGUCUUCUUGACUUUUAAAAGCAACGAAGAACACCAGCAAGACUGAUUAUUUCUUAUUAUUUUUCAUACCAGAAACCAUUGCUGUGGGGUACGUUUUACAUGGAAGAUUCCUGACUGAUAAAUUUGAAUAGAGAAGGAUCCAGGAUGAAGUUUUUCUUAGCAAACAUAUGUACAGGACAAAAUUAGCAAAAAGAUAAGCAAUACCAACUAGUUCAGAGGAGGCACCAAAAUCAACACUAAACUUAGUGUCCAUACAAGUGCAUCAAUCGAGUAAAAGUGCAUUUUUUCCUGUAAUUUACUCCAGAAAGUUAAACUUCUAUAAAUUCCAAAUUCAUCUCAUACAAAGUGGUAUAUUUCAAGACCUUUUUUGAUUUAAUCCUGAUGAUGAGUGGGGCUUACAGCUCACAAAAAAAAAUCCACUAUCUCAAAGUAUUAGAAAAUUGUGGAAAGGUCAAAUUUGCAAAGGUUUCCUUCAUUUUCUCACUAUUUGAUUGAAUUUUUUUUUUUACAUGCACCUGUAUUAGUUGGUGUAGUGCCACACAACCUGUUUAUGUGUCUAUGUAAAAAAAAAUUCUAAUCAUUUCAAAGAUUUCAUCACGAUUUCAUGGAGCAAAACUUUUUACUUCAAACACAUUUUUUUUUUGUCAUUUCUAGGUCUAGGCCAUCAAAAUACGAUUUUGGUUUCUGGUUUCACAUAUAUCUGCUUGCAUCGCCAAAAUCCAGCUGUUUGCAUUGUGGAGGAAGCUCAUCUAUUUUUGGCUGAGAUGGCUGUUAGCACUGCGACAAAUCAGCUGAAGCCAAGCAAGUUUUUGUGCUCAGGAUAAUUAGUUCUUGAAACGCUGGAUUACUUUGGCUUUGUUGAACAAAAUGCACACUGCCAACAGAAAAACACUAGAAAUAAAAUGGUAGAAUACUAGUCUGAAACUUGGCUUUUACUAGGAAACCCAAACAUUUUCUUUACAGUCGCUGUGAUUGGCUUGCUUUAUGUGAGCUAACCCUACCUGCUAAUUUGAUUCAGACCUGUCAGGUUUAUAAAACCAAAUUUAAAGGAGGGUGCUAACAGAUCAGACACAUCUAUUGUGUGCAAUGAAAUGCAGUGAUUUAACUUAAAAAAAUCCACAACUGAUAAAAAAAUGGCACCUCCUGAAGUUUUAACUGACAAUUUUAUAUUCUACAAAGUUGAUCAUUUCUAGAGUAAUACAUUUAUGCACAAGGUCAUGAUUUCCCCACCCCACUUUGGGAUGUGUUACUAAUUAGCAAUAGAUCUAUUUGUUAUAUUUGCUUUUAUAUGACUGUGGAAGAAAAUAAUGUAAUCAAAAACCAAACACUGAUUAAAGGUCUA